AUGUCUCUCUCUGGUUUCCUAUCCCUGCUCGUGCAGCCCAAGGUGGCGUUCCGCGGAGGUGCGAAUCGCUGCUGGAACCUCAGCGCCGACGCCAGCGGCCGCCUAACGGAUGUGCUCAGCGGCGUGAUGUCCGGCUCCUCUUCCUUCUAUGAUUGCUACAAAGCGCAGAGUGAAGACAAUGUUGACCUAAGGCAGACCUAUACUCCACUUUCUUCAUCAACUGAAUAUGCAAGUUCUGUAGAUUCUUCAAUUUUCUAUGCACCAUGGUCUACUUAUGGAGAUGAUAUUAAGCAGCCUUCUAAUUCUCAGAUUAAUGUAAAGAACAGGAUUCAAACAGAAAGAAAUGACUAUGGCAGUGAAACAGACUUAUAUGGACUUGUAUCUAACAUUUUGGAAGAACAAGAUAAGUCACAGCCAUAUUUUGCUGACGGGACCUGCUCCUCCAAUUUAAAGUCAGUUUGGCCAGUGAACACAAGCAGAUUUGCAGAUCACCAUGACCUGUUAACAGAAACCAAAAGGCCAAUAGAUACAGCCAUCUCUCAGCAAGCUUUUUAUUCUGGUGAAUCUGUGUCAGCAGUGGAAAAGCAGUACCUGCAUAAUAGUAAUCUCACACCACAACAAAAAAUAGAUGAACUUUAUCAUGGAUUUACUGGUUUAGACCUUGAAGAACAAUGGAUGUACCCCUCACGAAGUGAUCAUUCUAAUUGUUAUAAUAUUCAGACAAAUGAUACAGCUAAGGCAACAUUCCAAGAAUAUCCAUUUGUCAAAAACUGUUUUACACCACAAGCUGGCCUCUCUGAGGUCAUGAAAGAAUCAGGACCUGAUACUUACCCUUAUGGAAGAGAGAAAAUGUGUGUUAAAAGUCUUGAAGCACCAUUACAGCAAAAAAGGGCAGAGAUAUUUCUUUCCCAGUUUAAUAGAUACAAUGAAAAUGCAGAUUAUUGUAGAUACCCAGAAUAUGCUCAUCCUAAUAAGGCUAAACUUACUAAGUGUUCAAAUUUUAGUGUCCAAGAUAGUAAAAAAUUAGCCAAUGGCACACCUGAAACACCAACUGUAGAAGCAGACAGCUACACAAAGUUAUUUCAGGUUAAACCAGCAAAUCAGAAAAAAAUGGAAGAGACAAUACCUGACCAGCAGAAUUUCACAUUUCCAAAAACUACACCACACCUGACAGAAAAACAGUUUGCAAAGGAAGCAGCAUUCACUGCUGACUUUGGCUUAAAAUCAGAAUAUGGACUAAAACCUCAUACAGUUUGUCCAGCUAAUAAUGAUUUCACUAAUGUCACAGAAAAGCAACAGUUUGCUAAAGCUGACCCCCCAAAUUCUGAGUAUUUUAAAUCAGUGACUUUAUUGUCAAACUCAGCAACAUCUUCAGGAGGUAUCAACUUAAAUAGGCCAACUUGGAUGAAUGUCCACACAAAAAGUAACGCUCCUAUUCCUUAUCGAAAUCAAGGUAACUUGAUGAAAUUAAAUAGUCAUUUAAGUGCAGCUUCAAAAGGUUCUAACCAUUCUUCAGAUUUUCCCCAACUAUCAUCCACAAAUUUAACUCCAAAUAGCAAUAUGUUUCAGAAGUAUUGCCAAGAAAAUCCUUCAGCAUUUUCUAGUUUUGAUUUCAAUUAUAAUAGUGCAGAAAGAAUUCAACCUGUCAAUCACAUGGAAGGACUGACAAAGACUGCGGAAGAAAAUCUCUUUGAAUUGGUUACCGAUAAAAAAAUAAAGCAGCCAAAUGGAUUUUGUGAUAAUUACUCAGUUCAGCAGUAUGGGAUCAUUGAAAAUGUAAACAAACAUAAUUUUCAAACUAAGCCUCAGAGUGGACAUUAUGAUCCUGAGGAAGGUCCAAAGCAUUUAGAUGCAUUAUCUCAAAAUACUUAUCAAGAUUUGUUGGAGGCACAGAGUCAUUUUAAUAGCCACAGACAGGGAAGUGGAGACAACAAUAUUAAUAGCCGUGUGAAUCGCACACAGGCGUCAUGUUUUUCUAAUUAUAUGAUGGGAGAUGUAAGGCAUAAUCAGAGUUUUCAACAACUUGGUUCAAAUGGGUUUCCCCUAAGAUCCACCCAACCAUUUGGCCAUUCAGUUGUUCCACUCUUGGAUUCCUAUGAUUUGUUUUCUUAUGAUGACUUAAGCCAUUUAUACCCUUAUUUUAAUGAUAUGAUGUAUGGUGAUAAUUCCUUUUCUGGUUUUGUGCCAACUUUCGGAUUUCAAAGACCAAUUAAAACCCGUAGUGGACCAGCCAGUGAACUUCAUAUUCGUCUAGAAGAAUGCUAUGAACAAUGGAGAGCAUUAGAAAAAGAGAGAAAAAAGACUGAAUUGGCCCUUGCCAAGAAUUACCCAGGAAAAAAAGUAUCCAGUACUAACAAUACUCCAAUUCCAAGGCUCACUUCCAACCCAUCUAGAGUUGAUCGCUUAAUUGUGGAUGAACUUCGAGAACAAGCCAGGGUUGUAACUUUACUAGGCAAGAUGGAACGUCUUCGAAGCUCUCCCCUUCAUGCCAAUAUCUCUACUGCUCUUGAUAGACACUUGGAAUCCAUUCACAUUGUACAGUCACGUAGAAAGGAUGAAAUUGUUAAUGCUUCAAAUCGUCAAAAGCAAGGAGUUCCUAGAUGCCAAGAUGACAGAGAUGUUUUUGCCCUUGCUGCAGCAAUUAAAGAGAUGUGUGUGGCUACUCGGAAGGCACGCACUACUCUGUGGUGUGCACUGCAGAUGACCUUGCCUAAAACAGCCAAUACAACUGGCCAAACAGAUGUGGAAAAGGCUUUACAAGAUAUAAAUUGUGAAGAUAAAGUCCAUGAAAGCAUAAAUAGUAGCAAUCCAAUGAAUCAGAGAGGUGACGCAAACAAACAUUAAGGAAAUGCCAGCAGAAAGAAUAAAAAGCUAAUAAGUAAAUGUAUCAAGACAUGCUAAACAAUUGUAAUGAACUUGUCAAACUUGAAAAUUUCAAUGCAUUUUUUCAGAUUUAGAGUUUAAUAUCUUAAUGAAGUCUAGCUUCAAUUUAAAAAUCUAUUUGGAAUGAAUCAGUUAUAGUUUAAAGUGAACUCAAAGGGAACGUUGGACUACUCAAGAGUUCUGAGUAGUCGAAGAUAAGUUUAAGCAAAUUAAAUAUUUCCUAACAGCUAAAGUAUUGCUUAAACCUAUUCUGCAGUGCAGGUAAAUGCAAAUGUGAAAUUCUUCUAGAAGAUAAGUUUCAUUUAGGUCUGCCUUAGUAAGUAUAAUUCCAAAUAAUGAAUCUAAAUGACUGUAACCCAAUUAUGGCUACAGUCUAGUAACCAAGACAAGUUUUGAUUGUGAUUUAAAAGUGUUUUCCUUACAAAACUGGAUAAUACCUAGGAAACAAAGGAAAACAAGAAUGAACCCAAUAUUCAUGUAAAUUUUUAAUAUUUAAACUACUACCAUAUUUAUAAUUUGAAAUCUUAGUGCCUAAGUAUAUGGAGGGAAAUGCAUCUGAUUCUCCUAAAUUAGUGAUAAAAGUGCCAGUGUAAAAACCAUGCAAGUUACUGAAUAUAAAAUCUGUUCAAAUCAUUUGUGUAUAUUCUUAAAAUUUAAUUAUACUAUCAAUUAUUAAAUAUUUCUAAUUUUAAAGUAUUUACAUUGAAUCGAAACAAAACAGUUCCUUUAUCUGGAUCUUUUAGAUUUGAUGCACAGUAACUAAAAUAAUGACUAUUGUUUUAAUACCCUUAGUUGCUGCCUUUUAUGAGGGUAUCACGAAGUUUUAAAAUGUAUUUUUUAAGGUUAGCCUUUAACUAGUUUAGUUUGCAAUUGGUUAGUGUCUAUUUUGUGUAGUUGUGUUCAUUAGUUUGCUUCUGUAUUUUUUAAGAGCUCUUGAAAGCUUGGCUUUUUCUGUUUCUCAUCACUUAAUAUCUUUGUAUGGAACCCAAGUAAUUUAUUCAUUAAUAUGAAAUGUUGAUAUUAUGUGACUCAGAUCUUGGGUUUUAACAUUUCUAGCAUGAG